CGCGCAUUGCGGACUUCUGGGCUCCGGGGAUGACCCUGUAACUCGCCAGGAGUGAGUGCAGGUUCUGUAGUUUCCUCUCCCGCCCCGCCGCUGCCUGGUUUUCUAGAAGGGGUAUCGCCAAAGACGCUUUUCCAUUGGCUUAGAGAAAGGAGGGCCCGCCAUUCCGGGUUGUCGAUUAGCUGCCUGCUCUCCCAUCAGGUUGGAGUAGGCGGAGUUUGGGCGGUUCCCGAUUGCAUCAUCUGUGGACCACGAGGCGCUGCCCACCUCUGCUUGGCGACGGCUGUCGUUUCCUCCUGGCAGUCGAUCUGGGGUUUAGUUUUCUCUUGGUGGUUUGCGGGUGUCCGAGGAGCAGGCCAGUGGCCCUUCAGCGAAAAUGGGAGACGAGGAGAAGCCGGUAGGUGCUGGUGAAGAGAAACAAAAGGAAGGAAGCAAGAAGAAGAAUAAAGAAGGAUCAGGGGAUGGAGGUCGAUCAGAGUUGAAUCCUUGGCCCGAAUAUAUUAACACACGUCUUGAGAUGUACAAUAAGCUAAAAGCAGAACACGAUUCCAUUCUGGCAGAAAAGGCAGAAAAAGAUAGUAAGCCUAUUAAAGUCACCCUGCCUGAUGGUAAACAGGUGGAUGCAGAAUCCUGGAAAACUACACCAUAUCAAAUUGCUUGUGGAAUUAGUCAAGGCCUGGCCGACAACACUGUCAUUGCUAAGGUGAAUAAAGCCGUCUGGGACCUAGACCGUCCUCUGGAGGAAGAUUGCACCUUGGAGCUGCUCAAGUUUGAGGAUGAGGAAGCUCAAGCAGUGUAUUGGCACUCGAGUGCUCACAUAAUGGGCGAAGCCAUGGAAAGAGUCUACGGUGGCUGUCUGUGUUACGGACCGCCGAUAGAAAACGGGUUCUAUUAUGACAUGUACCUCGAGGAAGGGGGUGUGUCCAGCAAUGAUUUCUCUUCUUUGGAGACUUUAUGUAAGAAAAUCAUUAAAGAAAAGCAAGCUUUUGAAAGAUUAGAAGUUAAGAAGGAAACUUUACUGGAAAUGUUUAAGUACAACAAGUUCAAAUGCAGGAUUUUGAAUGAAAAAGUGAAUACUCCAACUACCACAGUCUAUAGGUGUGGUCCCUUGAUAGAUCUCUGCCGGGGUCCUCAUGUCAGACACACUGGCAAAAUCAAGACUUUGAAAAUACACAAAAAUUCCUCCACCUACUGGGAAGGCAAGUCAGAUAUGGAGACUCUACAGAGAAUUUAUGGCAUUUCAUUUCCAGAUCCUAAGAUGCUGAAAGAAUGGGAGAAGUUCCAAGAGGAGGCUAAAAACCGAGAUCAUAGGAAAAUUGGAAGGGACCAAGAACUCUACUUCUUCCAUGAACUCAGCCCUGGGAGUUGCUUUUUCCUGCCCAAGGGAGCCUACAUUUAUAACACACUUAUUGAAUUCAUCAGGAGUGAAUAUAGGAAACGAGGAUUCCAGGAGGUGGUCACCCCGAACAUCUACAAUAGCCGGCUCUGGGUGACCUCGGGCCACUGGCAGCACUACAGCGAGAACAUGUUCUCCUUUGAAGUGGAAAAGGAACUGUUUGCUCUGAAACCCAUGAACUGCCCGGGACACUGCCUCAUGUUUGAUCAUCGGCCAAGAUCCUGGCGAGAGUUGCCUCUGCGAGUUGCUGAUUUUGGGGUGCUUCAUAGGAACGAGCUGUCAGGAGCACUCACAGGACUCACUCGGGUCCGAAGGUUCCAACAAGAUGAUGCCCAUAUAUUCUGUGCUAUCGAGCAGAUUGAGGAUGAAAUAAAAGGUUGUUUGGAUUUUCUGCGUACAGUAUAUAGCAUAUUUGGAUUUUCUUUUAAACUGAACCUGUCUACUCGCCCAGAAAAAUUCCUUGGAGAUAUUGAAGUAUGGACUCAAGCUGAGAAACAACUUGAGAACAGUCUGAAUGAGUUUGGUGAAAAGUGGGAAUUAAAUCCUGGAGAUGGAGCUUUCUAUGGUCCAAAGAUUGACAUCCAGAUUAAAGACGCUAUUGGGCGCUACCACCAGUGUGCCACAAUACAGUUGGAUUUUCAGUUGCCCAUUAGAUUUAAUCUUACUUUUGUAAGCCAUGAUGGUGAUGAUAAGAAAAGGCCAGUCAUUAUCCAUAGAGCCAUCUUGGGGUCAGUGGAAAGAAUGAUUGCUAUCCUCACUGAAAACUAUGGCGGCAAAUGGCCCUUCUGGCUGUCCCCUCGUCAGGUAAUGGUAGUUCCAGUGGGACCAACGUGUGAUGAAUAUGCCCAAAAGGUACGGCAACAAUUCCACGAUGCUAAAUUCAUGGUGGACAUUGAUCUGGAUCCAGGCUGUACAUUAAACAAGAAGAUCAGAAAUGCACAGUUAGCACAAUAUAACUUCAUCCUAGUUGUUGGUGAAAAAGAGAAAACCAGCGGUACUGUCAACAUCCGCACCAGAGACAAUAAGGUGCAUGGAGAACGUACGACCUCUGAAACCAUCGCGCGGCUCCAGCAGCUCAAGCAUUCCCGCAGCAAACAGGCAGAGGAAGAGUUUUAAGGAAGAACUUUGCCCGGCUUGGCUCAGUAGAAAAGGGUGAGCAGGUUGGCCUCCCGUGAACUUUGUACGAUGGAAAAUAUCAGCUUAUACAGACCUUGGAAUAAUUUGGCAGAGCCUUCGGAGAUUACUGCAGAUCAAUGUUUUUUAAUUUAGCCAUUAGACUGUUUAGACUUUAGAUGUAUUUGAAGAAGGUAAUUAAAAGUGACCCAAUAACAUGAUUUUAUUCAUUAAACUUCUGAACACUGGAAUAAAAGCAUGAGGAAUGUGCUAAUGUAAUGUGGAAGAAUGUUUUUGUAAAUGUAAUACAGCUAAAAUGUAAGUUUUUUCAGAUUUAAUCAAUGGAAAAGAUCAGAAUUGGAUUAUGAUAUAAAAAUAAAAACUUCUGUUCACAUAA